CAUUGUAAUUAAAUGUAUUUACGACUUUCAGCUGUUUCCGGAGUUCGCAGUAGAAAGAAAAUGUCGAAACUCCUUGCUUUGGAUAAACUGGGCACUUUAUUUAAAAUAAUAAAAACAAAUGGAGGAAUCUCUGGGACUCUGUACAAGCUCUUUAGGCAGGACGAUGUCAAAGUGGGUACCCUGGUAGGCGAGGAUAAAUACGGCAACAAAUAUUACGAAAAUAAUAUGUACUUCUACGGACGCAAUCGGUGGGUGGAGUAUGCUGAUAAAGUGUACCUUGACUACGACGGAAGCCAAGUUCCUGCAGAGUGGUUUGGAUGGCUUCAUUAUAAAACAGAUUUACCACCUCACAAGGAUCCAAAUCGACCAAAGUACCGAUGGAUGGCUGAUCAUAUAGAGAAUAUGUCUGGUACCGAACAUGCAUAUAUGCCAUACAGCACUACAAGACCCAAGAUACAAGCGUGGGUACCACCAAAACCACAGUCAUAGAGAUCAUUCAAGACAUAAUAAUCUUUCUGUAAAUAGACAUUGCUUAUAAACAGAUAAUGUUACUUUGUAAUAUGUUGUAGUUUCAUUUGUGUAAUGAAAAUGACAUCCUGGCAUUAGCAUAUUAAAUUUUACUAUUUUUGGCCACAUUUUUCUGACUCUGUGUUGAGUUUAAUAAAUACUGAUAAUUUUAAAAAUGAA